UCUGCUGUUUUGUUUUUAGGAUUAUAGUGUAGACAUGGAAGCUAGGGGAGGUGGUAGAUCUGCACCCUUGCCAUGAUGUAGGGAUGAAAAUGACUGUUUUGUCUCACAGCAUUCAUGCAUCCACUAGUGCCAGACCCAUGGAUCUUCCAUCAGUUUGUUGCUUGUGUGACUCUCUUCUGAGAGACGUCUGGCUUUGGACAUCUCUUCCAACCUUUUUCCACAGCUAUUGAAUGAUUAGAAAUCAAGAUGGAAUUUCUGUCAGCCUUUUAUCACCAAUAGAAAUGACUGCUCUUAGUGAUGUUUCUCUGUCAUUGUCACCACUAAAUGUUACUGUGUAAAUCCAGUUAUCUAUAUCUCAUCUGAUCUCUGCAAAAUUGUCAGGGAAAAACGAACAGAAUUACGCAACUGGGACCACAGUGUGAAUUCCAGUAGUAUUUCCCUGGCUAUGGGCUGAUUCGGCCACUCUUGGCUAAUGAAGGCUGUAGCCAUUUGAAUCCUGAAAAAUCCAACAAGCACCAAUUUGAAUACUGUAUAUACUGAAAAUAUUAACAGGUAUUCUUAACAGAAGGAUUUUCAAUUCAUCUUAACAUUUGAAGGUCAAUAAUAAUGCUUUAGGAUUAGCUGUAUGACGAUAGCUGGCUGCAAAACUUUGCUACUGUUUUGUUCCUCUUGUGUCCAUUAAGCUUUGAACUGGAAGUUGUUUCUGUGCUUAUGUACUCAUGGUACAAAAGGAACAGAACAGUUGUAAUUGAAACAGUGGCUAAACUGACUCUUGUAAGACCUCCGUAGUGGAAGAUCAUGACUUUUAUCUCUAGUGGUAAGGAUUUGUAACUCUCUGUGUAUCUGUGCUCAUGGUUUACAUCUAUGUGCAGCAGCUCUUGCAAGCCCUGUUCUUGAAAUAGAGCUUUGAGUUGGCAAAUGAAGGGAAUUACAAGGAAUGAGCAGGAUCAUUCAGUCUUUGACUCUGUUGCAGGGAUCCUGUUAGACAUACAGAAAUACUUCAAGCUCAGUGAUGGGGAUACAGGUCUGCUGCAAACAGUCUUCAUCCUGUGUUACAUGCUGGCUGCCCCUGUCUUUGGGUACCUUGGUGACCGGUACAAUAGGAAAAUCAUCCUCGGAGCUGGUAUUUUCUUCUGGUCUGGUGUCACAUUAAGCAGUUCAUUCAUCAGUGAAUUGUAUUACUGGAUAUUCUUUCUUUCACGAGGACUAGUUGGCAUUGGCACGGCCAGUUAUUCCACAAUAGCACCUACCAUCAUUGCAGACCUGUUUGAGGAAGGAAAAAGGACCACAAUGCUGUCUAUCUUCUACCUCUUCAUUCCAGUGGGAAGUGGCCUUGGCUAUGUCCUAGCAGCUGGCAUGGCAAGUCUCACUGGUGACUGGCACUGGGCCUUCAGGAUAACUCCUUGCAUGGGAGGUCUAGCGCUUGUUCUUCUGAUUCUGCUGGUCCCUCACAGGACCCAGAGAAGGACAGCAGCACACAGAGCACUGAGCAUCUCUGGCACAAUACGAGUAGCAGCUGAGGAGCCAGGAGUACGCAGAACUGCCAAGACUACUUGGUGUCAGGAUGUCGUCUCACUUGCCAAGAACUGGAGUUUUGUCUGGUCCUCACUGGGUCUGACUGCCAUGGCCUUUGUUACUGGAGCACUGGGAAUGUGGGUACCGCUGUUUCUUUACAGGGCUCAGCUUGUCCAGGGCACUGUGUCACCGUGCCUCCAAGAGACAUGCAAUUCAUCUAACAGCCUGAUAUUUGGAGGCAUCACCAUUGGGACAGGAAUGUUUGGUGUCAUUGCUGGGGCAGAAGCAGCAAGAAGACUGAGGAAGAUAAACAAUAAAGCUGAUCCUCUGAUCUGUGCCACAAGCAUGUUCAUUUCUGCUCUGUGUCUCCACGUAGCUCUGAUGGCGGCCAAGACGAGCAUCCUCUCCACUUUUAUCUUUAUUGCAUUUGGAGAGCUGUUUUUGUCUGUAAACUGGGCUGUUGUGACAGACAUACUGUUGUAUGUUGUGACACCCAGACGGCAGUCUACAGCUAUUGCCCUGCAGAUUUUGGUGAGCCAUUUGCUGGGAGAUGCAGGCAGCCCAUAUCUCAUUGGCAUUAUCUCCAACGCAAUCCAGGCCAAGAAUGAUUGCUCAUCCCUGUGGAGUUUCCGGAGCAUGCAGUACAGCUUCAUUGUCUGCGCUUUUGUGGGUGUCUUUGGAGGGGCCUUUUUCCUCCUAACAUCUUUAUACAUUGAAGAAGACCGUAAAGAAGCAGAGCAGCUUUGAGGUACCAGGAAUGGACGCUGUCUUUGAAAUGAAGAUGACCUCUGGGACAAGAUUUGUAAAGAAGAAUAGAAUGUCCUCCCCUUUCUCUUUCCUUUUUGCUUAAUGAGACGCAGCUAGAGGAAAAAUCCAAGUAGCAAUUGCUCCAUAUGGCAGAAAA